AGGGGAAGGGGUCAUCGGGAGCCAGCAUUGCUUGGCUUCCUACUUACCCCUCCUCUCCAUCAGUGGAAGGAAAGGAGAAACUCUGGGCCAUGAGGCUGUCCCUGCUCCUGAUUUUCCUCUGUCUCAUUCCGGUUGCUGUGCAGCUGUUGGCAGACACAAGGCAAUUUUUAAUAUAUAAUGAAGACCACAAGCGCUGCGUGGAAGUAGUAAGUCCCAGUGCGGUCCAAACAGCCAUUUGCAAUCAGGACAACGAAGCGCAGAAGUUCCGAUGGGUGUCUGAUUCCCGGAUUAUGAGUGUGGCAUUUAAGUUAUGUCUGGGGGUCCCAUCAAAGACAGACUGGGUUGCUGUCACUCUGUAUGCCUGUGAUCCGAGGAGUGAAUUUCAGAAAUGGGAGUGCAAAAAUGACACGCUUUUGGGUAUCAAGGGAGAAGAUUUAUUUUUUAACUAUGGCAACAAACAAGAGAAGAAUAUUAUGCUUUACAAGGGCUCUGGCUUGUGGAGCCGAUGGAAAAUCUAUGGAUCCACAGAUGAUUUAUGCGCCAGGGGUUACGAAGACAUGUACACGCUGCUGGGCAAUGCCAAUGGAGCAACUUGCGCAUUUCCAUUCAAGUUUGAAAACAAGUGGUAUGCAGAUUGUACCAGUGCUGGGCGAUCAGAUGGAUGGCUCUGGUGUGGGACCACCCCAGACUACGAUACAGACAAGCUCUUUGGAUAUUGUCCAUUGAAAUUUGAGGGCAGUGAAAGCUUAUGGAACAAAGACCCGCUGACUAGCAUCUCCUACCAGAUAAACUCCAAAUCGGCUCUAACUUGGCAUCAGGCGAGGAGAAGUUGCCAACAACAAAAUGCCGAGCUCUUGAGUAUCACGGAAAUCCAUGAGCAAACAUACCUGACAGGAUUAACCAGUUCCUUGACUUCAGGACUCUGGAUUGGACUCAAUAGCCUGAGUUUCAACAGUGGCUGGCAGUGGAGUGGUGGGAGCCCAUUCCGAUAUUUGAACUGGCUACCAGGAAGUCCAUCAACAGAACCUGGAAAAAGCUGCGUGUCAUUAAAUCCCGGGAAAAAUGCUAAAUGGGAAAAUCUGGAAUGUGUUCAGAAACUAGGCUAUAUUUGCAAAAAAGGCAACACAACUCUGAAUUCUUUUGUGAUUCCCUCUGAAAGUGAUGUGCCCACUAACUGUCCAAGCCAGUGGUGGCCAUAUGUAGGUCACUGUUACAAGAUUUACAGAGAGGAGAAGAAGAUCCAAAGAGAUGCCUUGACUGCAUGUAGGAAGGAAGGUGGCGAUCUAGCCAGUAUCCACACCAUCGAGGAAUUUGACUUUAUCUUCUCCCAGCUGGGAUAUGAGCAAGAUGAUGAGUUAUGGAUUGGCUUAAAUGACAUCAAGAUCCAAAUGUAUUUUGAGUGGAGUGAUGGCACCCCAGUAACAUUUACUAAAUGGCUUCGGGGGGAACCAAGCCAUGAAAACAACAGGCAGGAAGAUUGUGUUGUAAUGAAAGGCAAGGAUGGGUACUGGGCAGAUAGGGCCUGUGAGCGGCCUCUUGACUACAUCUGUAAGAUGAAAUCUCAAACCCAACCUUCUGGAACAAUAGAAGUAGAAAGAGGCUGCCGGAAAGGCUGGAAAAGACAUGGCUUCUACUGCUAUUUGAUUGGACACACACUGUCAACAUUUACAGAAGCAAACCAAACCUGUGUAAAUGAGAAGGCUUACUUAACAACUGUUGAAGACAGAUAUGAACAAGCAUAUCUAACUAGUUUGGUUGGAUUGAGGCCUGAAAGAUAUUUUUGGACAGGACUUUCAGAUGUACAAAACAAAGGCACCUUUCAGUGGACCAUUGAGGAAAACGUUCAGUUUACCCACUGGAAUUCAGAUAUGCCAGGGCGAAAAGCAGGAUGUGUGGCCAUGAGAACCGGAGUUGCUGGGGGCUUGUGGGAUGUUUUGAGAUGUGAAGAAAAAGCAAAAUUUGUGUGCAAACACUGGGCAGAAGGAGUAACUCGCCCGCCAGAGCCCACUACAACUCCCGAACCCAAAUGUCCUGAGGAAUGGGGCGCCAGCAGUAAAUCGAGCUUGUGUUUCAAGCUGUUUGCAAAAGGAAAACAUGAGAAGAAAACAUGGUUUGAAUCUCGAGAUUUUUGUAAAGCUCUGGGCGGUGACCUAGCCAGUAUCAAUAACAAAGAGGAACAGCAAACAAUAUGGAGACUAAUAGCGGCUACCGGAACUUACCAUGAACUGUUUUGGUUGGGACUCACAUAUGGAAGUCCUUCAGAGGGUUUUACUUGGAGUGAUGGCUCUCCUGUUUCAUAUGAAAAUUGGGCUUAUGGAGAACCUAAUAAUUAUCAAAAUGUUGAAUACUGUGGUGAGUUGAAAGGUGACUCUAGUAUGUCCUGGAAUGAUAUUAACUGUGAACAUCUUAACAACUGGAUUUGCCAGAUACAAAAAGGUCAAACACCGAAGCCUGAGCCCACACCAGCUCCUCAAGACAAUCCACCAGUCACUGAAGAUGGGUGGGUUAUUUACAAGGAUUACCAGUAUUAUUUUAGCAAAGAGAAGGAAACCAUGGACAACGCCCGAGCAUUUUGCAAAAAGAACUUUGGUGAUCUUGUUUCUAUUCAGAGUGAAAGUAAAAAGAAGUUUCUAUGGAAAUAUGUAAACAAGAAUGAUGCACAGCCCGCAUAUUUUAUUGGCCUAUUGAUCAGCUUGGAUAAAAAGUUUAUUUGGAUGGACGGAAGCAAAGUGGAUUAUGUGGCUUGGGCCACAGGUGAACCGAAUUUUGCAAAUGAUGAUGAAAAUUGUGUGACCAUGUAUUCAAAUUCAGGGUUUUGGAAUGACAUUAAUUGUGGUUAUCCAAAUGCCUUCAUUUGCCAGAGGCACAACAGCAGCAUCAAUGCCACGGUCAUUCCCACGGUGCCCGCAGUCCCAGGAGGCUGUAAGGAAGGCUGGAAUUUUUACAAUAAUAAGUGUUACAAAAUCUUCGGAUUUGUUGAAGAAGAAAGAAAAAAUUGGCAAGAGGCACGAAAAGCUUGCAUAGGAUUUGGGGGAAAUCUGGUAUCGAUCCGCAAUGAAAAAGAGCAAGCAUUUCUCACCUAUCAUAUGAAGGACUCCACUUUUAAUGCCUGGACGGGGCUGAAUGAUGUGAAUUCCGAGCACACGUUCCUGUGGACGGAUGGCCGAGGAGUUCAUUAUACCAACUGGGGGAAAGGUUUCCCUGGUGGGAGAAGGAGCAGUCUGUCCUAUGAAGAUGCUGAUUGCGUUGUUAUUAUUGGCGGGAAAUCAAGGGAUGCAGGAAAAUGGAUGGAUGACACAUGUGACAGUAAGCGGGGCUACAUCUGCCAGACACUUCCUGACUCUUCCUUGCCUCAUUCUCCAACAACAAUUCCAACAGACGGCUUUAUUCAAUAUGGUGAAAGUAACUAUUCAUUCGUGAAAUUAAAGUUACCAUGGCAAGAGGCAGAGAAUUAUUGCAAGCUCCACAAUUCCCUUAUUGCUAGCAUUCUAGAUCCCUAUAGUAAUGCAUUUGCAUUGAUGCAAAUGCAAAAGUUUAAUGAGCCUGUGUGGAUCGCCCUGAACAGUAAUUUGACCAAUAAUGAGUAUGCGUGGACUGAUAGAUGGAGGAUGAGGUAUACUAACUGGGCUGCUGAUGAACCCAGACUGAAAUCAGCAUGUGUUUACCUGGAUCUCGAUGGCUACUGGAAGACAGCAUCUUGCAAUGAAAGUUUUUAUUCUCUCUGCAAAAGAUCAGAUGAAAUCCCGGCCACUGAACCUCCACAACUGCCUGGCAGAUGCCCAGAGUCUGAGCACACAGCAUGGAUUCCUUUCCAUGGUCACUGCUACUAUAUCGAAUCUUCCUAUACGAGAAACUGGGGGCAAGCUUCUCUGGAAUGUCUCCGAAUGGGCUCUUCUUUAGUUUCCAUUGAAAGUGCUGCUGAAUCAAGUUUUCUGUCAUAUCGAGUUGAACCACUUCAAAGCAAAACCAAUUUUUGGGUAGGAUUGUUCAGAAAUGUUGAAGGAAUGUGGAUGUGGAUAAACAACAAUCCAGUUUCCUUUGUCAACUGGAACACGGGAGAUCCUUCUGGUGAACGAAACGAUUGUGUAGCUUUAUCUGCAGCGUCUGGAUUUUGGAAUAAUAUUCACUGUUCUUCCUACAAAGGGUAUAUUUGCAAACGACCAAAAAUUGUUGAUGCUGAACCUACUCAUGCAUUAAUUACCACUAAAGCUGACCCGAGGAAGAUGGACCCUUCCAAACCAGCUUCCAACGUGGCCGGAGUUGUAGUCGUUGUUGCCCUCCUGAUCGUAACAGGUGCUGGCCUCGCCGCGUAUUUCUUUUAUAAGAAGAGACGUGUGCACUUACCUCAAGAGAACACUUUUGAAAACACUCUCUAUUUUAACAGUAGGUCAAGUCCGGGAACCAGUGAUACGAAAGAUCUCGUGGGCAACAUCGAACAGAACGAACAUGCAGGCAUCUAGUCUCACCAUGUGAUUUCGAUAUAUUUGAAUUUCAUAACAUUAUAACUAAAAUGUUAAGGUUCUUUAAUUCAAUGUGAUUGUCUCUUUUACAAUUAGUACUGUAUUGCACUGGCCUGUCCUUUUCCUUUGCCUAAUUGAAGAAGUAAUCGCUCGUUUCCUAGCCUGGCAAGGUAUUUUCAUGAAAGAGAGGUAAUGAUAUUGGUGAUCACUUCUAAAAAUAUCUCGGGUGAACACACAGCACCAGAAUGCCAGCAUUUGAGCCUCGCGUGUGUGUAGGUCAUGUUGGCUGCAUGUGACAGAGCGCUUAGAAGAAGCCCAAAUGCCUAAGCUUCCCAAAAUAGUUGAAGGCACUCCCAAAGAAAUGUUACCUAUUGAAUUGUAAUUUGGUCCUUAGAAGACCGUUUUGAACAUGGAGUACAAAUAACUGGUUCUUUGUUAUUUCGGGUGGCAUAAAAAUUUAGUCACAUUUUCCUCCUACCAAAUCCUGACUUUUAAGUCAGUUGUUUAGAGUUGCAUUUGUACAUGUGCAGGAAGAUGAGGCAGCUGAGAACCUGUUUUCCCUGAGCAGGGUGUUCAAGGCUGAAUAUUGCAGACGUGUUCUUUGUCCUGUUAUAUGUAUAUCAGGAAUGCAAAGAUGUGAAAUACACAUGUAAAUUUGCAUAACUGAGUGUACUUAGAUAAUGUGAAAUAAACAUCAAAGACAAGGUCUAUUUAUAAUA